CGACGUCAAGUGCUUGUUGUAUAUUUUUGGGUUCUUGCGUAGUUUACAGCGGGGCGUGUUUGAAACUGUGACUGGAAAGAUGUUACAGCCUGUGCAGCAACAACCAGGAGCUCCUGGACAGGUGAAUUGGAUGCCUGCUCCUCAGGUGCCAGUGGGGUGCCCUCCAGGAUUGGAAUACCUGACAGCAGUUGAUCAGCUACUCAUACAACAACAGGUUGAGCUUCUAGAAGCUUUCACAGGAUUUGAAACUAACAACAAAUACAAGAUAUGUAAUGCCAUGGGUCAACAAGUAUAUUUUGCUGCUGAAGACACUGACUGUUGCACCCGACAGUGCUGUGGUCCUGCACGACCAUUUGAAAUGAGAGUUUUUGACAACCUGCAGAGAGAAGUGAUACACCUUUCCCGACCCCUCAAUUGCCAGUGCUGCUGUUGUCCAUGUUGUCUUCAGGAGAUUGAAAUACAGUCCCCACCAGGGACAGUCAUUGGUUAUGUGGAACAGAAGUGGACAUUGUGGAAAGCCAAAUUAGAGGUUCAAGAUGCACAGCGGCAACCCAUCAUGGUAGUCAAUGGACCAUGCUGUCCUUGUAGUUGUGGAUCGGAUGUUGAAUUCCCACUAAAUUCUUUGGAUGGAAGCAAUCAAAUUGGAAUGAUCUCUAAGCAGUGGAGUGGAUUCGCAAGGGAGUUCUUUACUGAUGCUGAGAACUUUGGCGUGCGAUUCCCACUGGACCUGGACGUCAAGUACAAAGCCAUACUAAUGGGAGCUACCUUCCUCAUUGAUUUCAUGUUCUUUGAACAUAGCAACAACUAAAAGAUCGUUUUGAGUUCACCUGCAGCCAAGUAAAAAGGAGUGAAGAUAAUGUUAUGGCACUUCGUAGAUGAUCAACACUAUAAAAUUAAACAAAACUACGCUAUGUUCUGAGACAUACUAUUCGCUUGAAAGUUUUGUAAUCUUUUAACCGCUGAGUUCUAGUUAGUAAUCCUCCUUUCACUGGUUAUGCACAGUAUCUUGUUUAUUAGUAAAGAGAAUUUUGUGUUAUAUCAAGUGACACCUUGCGACUGACGAGGUGUUUCUUCUCCUAAGGUAUUUGAGGGACAAUUGUGUCGAAAUUAAAAGAAGUUAUAUGUUAGUCAUAUCUGAGAGUUCAAGGGUGAAAAGCUAGUGGAAUGUGUAGAUAGUAUUUUUUUAUGCGAGUUAAAUAAAGGAAAGAAUGUAAGCGUUGAUACUUAAAAUAUAAAAGGUAUUUUGAGUGUAAACAGCGCAAGGAUUUCGAUCAAAAGAUUCAUGUCGUCUCGGACAGAUGGUAGAGAACCUGUAUUCCUUGAUGCACUUCGCACACCUGCAUUUUUUUGCUAAGAUAGUAAGUUCGUGCGUGUUCGUUCAAGGAUACCGCACAAGUUAAUAAUAUUUACAUAAUUAUUAUGCUAUGCGCCAAUAAAGAUGUUACAGAAAAACCA